GCUCUGGCAGUGGAGCCACAGUCUCGAAUUUUGCUGGAGCAAGUAUUCUUGGCCCUGGCAGAUGCGCAACCUGCAACAGGCCCCUUGCUUGACUCGAGAACAGGAGUGUAUGUGGGCUGCAUGUACAGUGAAUACACUCAGCUACAGCACAGCUUGGGUUACAAAAUGAGCCCUGGAAUUGUCACGGGCAAUGGCAUCUCUUACCUGGUUGGUCGUGUCUCGUACAGCUUUGGUCUUCAAGGACCCAGCAUCAGCACCGACACCGCAUGCUCCUCAUCCCUGGUAUCCGCGCACCAAGCGCACAUGGGGCUGCUUGGGCAUGAAACAGUAGCAGCAGUGGCUGCUGGUGUGAACACUAUGCUGCUGCCUAUAACGACUACUAGCAUUUGUGGACUUGGGGCACUGUCCCCUUCUUCCCGCUGCAAGACAUUUGACACGUCUGCUGAUGGCUAUGGGCGCGGCGAGGGUUUUGGUGUGGUUGUGCUUGCUCAUGCUUCUUCCAAUGCGAAUUCCAGGCUGCAGCAGCAUGAUGCACUGGGAUUGGUGUGUGGAUCAGCCAUCAACCAGGAUGGCCGCAGCAGCGGGUUAACAGCACCCAACGGGCCUAGUCAAACUGCACUGAUACUAGUUGCGCUGGCAGCUGGUUCUCUAUCAUCCAGUUUGGUGAGCUACAUGGCUACACAUGGCACAGGUGUGUAG